AUGGGUAAUUGGAUGAAGUCCUGGCAACGGGAGCGCCUGCAAAUCCCCGAGGUCGUGAUCCCACUCGCCGAUGCCCCAAAUUCGAUCCCCCAUGCGGAAAAGGAUGGCGAAUCAAACGUCAAUAGCUUGGAUUCUCAAGAAAAGGGCGCCGGUUCUGCGCCCGAGUGCAGCACGCUAACCAUGGAGGCCCUUCGUGCAGAGGUGGAAGGCGCCGUUGCCGCCUCAGGCCACAACUCAGUCUAUGAUCGCAAAGCCAAAAUUAUCAAUAGAGCCAUCCAGGAUAUCGGCAUGGGCCGUUAUCAAUGGGAGCUCUUCAUCCUGUGUGGAUUUGGCUGGACUGCCGAUAACCUUUGGCUACAGGGAGUUGCCCUGACCCUCACCCCGUUGUCAAUGGAAUUUGGUAUCUCUGAAUCCUAUGUUCGUUUCACCACCUGUGCCUUGUUUGUGGGCCUGAUCGUUGGCGCUACCUUCUGGGGUCUUGCAUCUGAUCUCAUUGGACGUCGAUUGGCUUUCAACACGACACUCUUCAUGUGUGGCGCGUUUGGUCUCGCGUCCGGCGGUGGUUCAACCUGGGUCGGUACUUGUGCCCUGUACGCUUGCUUGGGACUAGGAGUAGGUGGUAACCUGCCGGUGGAUGCUGCAAUCUUCCUCGAAUUUUUACCCACGUCUUCCGGCCACAUUCUGAGCUCGCUGGCCGUAUUUUGGUCGGUGGGUACUUUCAUUGCCAGUAUGCUGGCCUGGGCCUUCAUCCCCAACUAUUCCUGCACCGAUGCCAGCACCUGUACCAAGGAAAACAACAUGGGCUGGAGGUACCUCGUUCUUACUCUGGGUGCCAUCACCAUGGUCUUCUGGAUCUGUCGAUUCUGCUUUUUCAAGCUGUACGAAUCGCCUAAGUUCCUGGUCGCCAAAGGACGGGACGACGAGGCUGUUGCAGCGAUCCACGGUGUCGCCCAGCGCAACAAGAAGAAGACGUGGCUCACGACGGAAAUCCUGAACGAGAUUGGCGGAUCUACAGAGCAGACUGAGAAGGAGCAGAAUCUUUCCUCUAAGGAGAUCCUUGCGCGGUCUCUCUCCAAGUUCUCCGUGCAGCAGAUCGGUCCGUUGUUUUCCUCCAAGCGUCUCGGCAUCACCACUGUUCUCAUCUGGCUCUGCUGGACCACCAUCGGCAUGGGAUACACGCUGUUCAACGCGUUCCUGCCCCAAUAUCUCGGCUCGACCGCCUCGACAUACGAGACCUACCGGAACUACGCGAUCACAUCCGUCACGGGUCUGUUCGGACCCAUUCUGGCUCGCUACGUCGUCGACAUCAAAUACAUCGGUCGGAAGGGUACCAUGGCCAUUUCCACUUGUAUCACGGCCGUCCUGCUCUUCUGCUUCACCGCGGCCAAGACGGCCGACACCCAGCUGGUCUGCUCCGCUCUCGAAUCGUUCACCCAGAUGAUCAUGUAUGGUGUGUUGUACGCUUAUACCCCGGAAGUCUUCCCGGCUCCCAACCGAGGCACUGGAACCGGUAUCGCGAGUUGUCUGAACCGGAUUGCUGGUCUCUGUGCACCGAUUAUUGGUAUUUAUGCUUCGGGGAAUCCCAGUGCUCCUAUUUAUGCUUCCGGUGCGCUCCUGUUGGUUUCGUUUGUGGCCAUGGUAUUGCUGCCGAUUGAAACUGCCGGAAAGCAGAGCCUAUAG